AUGUGCAUGAUCAGGCAUCAGAAAUUCGUCACUUUUUCAACUGUUGCCUUCAACUUCAACUUCUCUCGCUUCAACUCCUGCCAGAAAUCAGCUCGUAAGGCAUCCGUCGCAGCAAAUAUACAAACAUUUCCAAGAGUACUAGCGCGUGCCUGGCAUGGGCGUACGAAAAUCCAGACCGCAAACAUGGUACUUGGGUCUCGUUGGGCUGACGCAGCUUCCGAUGUGCGCAGCAACGCCACCCUUGAAGAAUUUUACGACAAGGUCGCUGCUGCAUUUGUGGACUCGGAUGACGACGACGACAAACGUUUUCAGGAACCCCAAGGCAGACCUCAAACCUGUCCCCACAGUCCCCCUAUGGCAUUAGGACUGCGACCAGACGAGAUCGAAUCUGAACUCAUACCCCGGCUAGCCCAAGCUUAUAACUAG